AUGUCAAGAGGAGAGAAUGAGGUGGUGGAGAGGGACACAGAACCAUUAUUGUUGGAGCGAGUGGCAACUGCAGCAGCGGCCACAGACAACACAAGUCACCGUGAGGCUGAGCAUGCGAUCACCUACCCCUCUCGGCUCAUCUACUACCUGAAGGAGGACUCAGAGAGCACUUACCAUGACCUGGACACCCGGGCUAGGAACCAGGUCACAGAGGGUCAUGACCAGGCAAUCCAUCUUGCCCAAGCCAGUUUCCAGUUAGAGGCCUUUGGCUCCAGAUUUGUACUGGACCUAACGUUAAACAAUGACUUGUUGUCGUCGGAUUAUGUGGAGAUCCACUAUGAGGAGGGCAAACCUGUUCUAUCAAAGGGUGGUGAGCACUGUUACUACCACGGCCAGGUGAGGGGGAAAGAUGAUUCCCACGUGGCCUUGUCUACCUGCAAUGGGCUGCACGGAAUGUUUGACGAUGGACUCUAUCUCUAUAUAAUGGAGCCUUUGCAACAGACUCACUCAAUUGAUACAGCCGCACGGCCCCACUCACUGCGCAGGACGCCCAGCCUCCAGUGGAACAGUGACUCCGAGGAACUGGUGAAGGACGAGCGGCUGCUUUCGGAGCUGGACGACAUGGCCUGGCUGAAGCGCAGGAAAAAGCGGGCUAUGCCUCGGAAUGUAUUUGAGGAGAUGAAGUAUUUGGAGAUUAUGAUCGUCAGUGACCAUAAUAUGUAUAAGCGACUCAAGACCAAGCAGCACACCAGGAACUCUGCCAAGUCAGUGGUGAACAUUGUUGAUGCUAUCUUUAAGGAGCACCUGCACACACGGGUGGUUCUGGUUGCCGCGGAGAUCUGGACGGACAAGGACCAGAUUCCCAUCAGUGUGAAGCCUCUGGACAUGCUGAAAGAUUUCUCUAAGUACCGGGCGCAGAGCAUCAAGCAGCACGCUGACGCUGUGCACCUCUUCUCCAAUGUGACCUUCCACUAUCAUCGAAGCAGUGUAGCGUACUUCGGGGGCAUGUGCUCUGUGAGCCGUGGAGUAGGGGUCAACGAGUAUGGCACCACAUGGACUAUGGCUUCAUCACUCUCCCAGAGCUUGGCACAGAACCUCGGCAUCCAGUGGGAUCCAGCCGCCAAGAGAAAGGAAUGUGGCUGCUCUGACUCCUGGGUGGGCUGCAUCAUGGAGGAUACUGGGGUCCAGCAUCCCCGGAAGUUCUCCAAGUGCAGCAUCUCAGACUACAAGGAGUUCCUGCUGAAGGGCGGUGGAUCAUGUCUUUAUAACAGGCCAACCAAGCUGUUUGAAUCCACAGAGUGUGGGAAUGGAUACAUUGAGGUGGGAGAGGAGUGUGACUGCGGAGAUAGAACAGAGUGCUACAAGGAGUGCUGUAAGAAGUGUUCCCUAGCUAAUGGUGCACAUUGUGCUGACGGACCUUGCUGCAACAACACUUGUCUGUUCUACCCACGUGGUUACAGUUGUCGCUAUGCGGUGAAUGACUGUGACAUCUCAGAGACAUGCUCAGGAGACUCUGGCCAGUGCCCUCCCAACCUCCACAAACAAGAUGGCUACCAAUGUCAAGUCGACCAGGGACGCUGCUACAGUGGAGAGUGCAAGACCAGAGGAAACCAGUGCAAAUACCUCUGGGGCCCAAAGGCGGGAGGCUCUGAGAAGUUCUGCUACGAGAAGCUAAACACAGAAGGAACCGAGAAGGGUAACUGUGGAAAGGAUGGAGAUAAGUGGCUCCAGUGCAGCAAGCACGAUGUGUUCUGUGGGUUCCUGCUGUGCAGUAACAUCGGACACAACCCCCGCAUCGGCAUGAUGAAGGGAGACAUCACUCGUACCUCCUUCAACCAUCAGGGCAGGCCGGUGAACUGCAGUGGUGGCCAUGUUCUUUUGGACGAUGAGACUGACUUAGGCUACGUGGAGGACGGAACGCCCUGUGGGCCGUCCAUGAUGUGCCUUGACCACAAGUGUCUGCCCAUCCAGUCCCUCAACAUGAGCACCUGCCCCAGCGGGCCCAACGGCCAGGUGUGCUCAACCCACGGGGUGUGUAACAACGAAGCGACGUGCACCUGUGACACCACCUGGGCGGGGACAGACUGCAGCAUGCCCGACCCUCCCAAGGAGCCUGCGCCCUCAGAAGAAGAAGAACCAAAGGGUCCUAGUGCCACCAAUCUUAUAAUAGGCUCCAUCGCCGGCGCCAUCCUGGUGGCUGCCAUAGUGCUGGGGGGGACCGGAUGGGGCUUUAAGUAA